CUCUCUCAGGGAAGGUUACAAAGACCCGGCGCACAUGCUCAGAAAUGCUGCUCUCGGGCUGCGAGCGGCUGGCAGCGGCCAUUUCAAAGAGACCAUCGCCAGGACGAGAGAGCCGUCAGGGAGAAGCACCCGUUCCCAAGAUGCUGGCACGCUGCCUCCCAAGAGGAGCUGUCCUUACAGUUCCUUUAAUUUUUCUGGUUGCACUGCUCCUCACAGAGCCUGUUAGAGCUGAUCAAGAAGCAGGAACUGCCAUACCAGCUGAAAGCCGGCCCUGUGUUGACUGCCAUGCAUUUGAAUUCAUGCAGAGGGCUCUGCAGGAUUUAAAGAAAACAGCAUAUAAUCUAGACACACGGACAGAAACGCUUCUUCUUCAAGUGGAGAAAAGAAAUCUGUGUGAUUGUGUAGCUGCAAAUCUGCUAAACUGAGUCCUGGAGGCCAGCCAAGGAGUGUCACCUAUUCUGCCAUUUUUAAAAAGCAGCUGUAUAAAAUACAGCUGUAUGGAGUUCGUUUUGCAAGCAUGCUUGCCCCAGCGUACUGAGGAAACUGGGGGGUUUGUGUCUUAUAUGUUUGUUUGUUUGGAUUUUUGUUCUUUUAAAUAGUCCUUCACUGUGUUGCCAGUAAAGGCUCAAUAAAUCUGUUACUUGGUAUCAGAAUGGGGGAAAACUCUACUUACUUUGAUUUUAAAUCAGAGGUCGCCAAGUGUAACCCAGAGGAUAUGGCCAGCCACAUUCCAGAGAUGCUUGUGGCUGAUUUUUGUCUGUAGUGUCAAUAUAUCCUGGCAACUUACCCAAUUAUACUGAGAAAGGAACUUGUGGUCUCUGUCGGUUUUGCCUCUUUGUUAGGGAUGAUGAACGUCCUCUUUGCCUGUUGUGUGAACUGUGACCACAUUCAGACAUGUUGCAGUGCUGUCAGCUGUAAUGAGGUAUGUGUCACAAGGAGGAACAUGUGCUGGACUUGGACCAAAUGGCCUUUAUCCUGGGUAAAAGUAUCGUCCUUUUAAGUAAAACCUUGCAUGUCUUCAUCUCUUCCUGGAUUGUCCACUUUAAAACCGCUGUGUCUAUAAACACUUCUACCUUAGCAGGUUAAAUAGGUUGAAUAGGAAAAUAUGAAAAGGAAAAUAAGAGCAUGACUAGGCAGUCGUAUUGCCAGUUCCAGCUGUACCAAGACAUUACCACCAGCAGCCACUCGGGAUCACAAUGUAGAAGGUCAUGAACUACAUGUAUUGCCAAGGAGUUUCUUCAUGUGAGUUUUCUUUGUUUCAGAUGAAGCACAGCAGUUAGGUCAGUCAUACAUUGUUCAUUCUGUGAUACUGUAAGGCCUAAGGUGUGAAGUUUUGAAUCUGUCCAUGUAAUUCCCUUGGAAGCAGCUUUUCUGUUUCAGGCAUGAAGAGCUGUGCUGAUUUUUCCCCCAACACUAUCAUUCUGUUCUGAGAUACUGUGCUCACCUACAAGUCUGAAUGAGGCUGAGUUUGAGCCUCAACAGUUUGAGUUGAUAUUUGUGAGUUUGACAUUAUUUAGAGCCUUAUGAGACCACCUCAACAGUGAGGCUGCGGGGUGCUAUCUAAUUGGCCUGGGGAAUGGAAGGGAGCUGGACAUCUGAAGGUGAAAACCUCUUCAGCUGAUUUUGGCAGAAGAUGCCUGUCUGCAGCCUCACCUCCCCAACUAAAAUGUCAGGAAGUGACAUUUGCUGGAAGCGCGUGGGAGAGGAGUCACGGGAACUGCUCUGGCAGCGCAGCUCUAGGUGUGCUGAGAAACAGCUGGCGAGUAGGGGAACACAGUAGACUAACCGACUAGCUGAGUGGUUUCCAAAAUGAGCAUCUGUCCACAGUUAAAAAGGAUUUGGAAAGCCGAUUUCUGCACACUGAAAAAGCCCAGCGUGCCCUUCUGGAGGGGAUCAGGAGAGUAAGCCAGCACAGUUCAUGUGCAUGGCAGAAGGAAUCCUGGGUUUUGCUUUUUGUGUGUUUGUUUCAUUGAUUGAUUGAUUU